GGCAGGUGCUGUCCCGCAGCCAGCCGGGCUGCGUCCUUCUUCCAACCUGAGCCCGCCGGGGAGGUGAGAGGCUGCUGGGGCUGGGAGAAGCGCCUUCCCCCCCCCCAACCCCGGCCGCUCGCUCUUGGCUUGUCGCACGCACGGGAAAGACCAUGGAGAUGAAGCUGCUGCUUCUGCUGCUGCUGGUCUCGGGGGGGCCGGCCUGGGCCGCGAAGGAGAAGUGUCUCACCAAGAAGUACACCACCAGCGGGGAGUGCUGCAGAGCCUGCAACCUGGGAGAAGGGGUAGCGCAGCCCUGUGGGGUGAAUCAGACGGUCUGUGAGCCAUGCCUGGACAGUGUGACCUACUCGGACACCGUCAGCGCCACGGAGGCGUGCAAGCCGUGCACAGAGUGCGUGGGCCUGCAGAGCAUGUCGGCUCCCUGCGUGGAGUCGGACGACGCCGUCUGCAAAUGCAUCUACGGCUACUACCAGGACGAGGGGAGCGGCCAAUGCAAGGAAUGUGACAUCUGCGAGGUGGGCUACGGCCUGAUGUUCCCGUGCGGGUACACUCAGAACACCGUCUGCGAGGAGUGCCCCGACGGGACCUUCUCCGACGAAGCCAACCACAUGGACCCCUGCUUGCCCUGCACCAUCUGUGAGGAGAACGAGGUCUUGAUCAAGGAGUGCACCCCGAUAUCCGAUGCCGAGUGCAGAGAUCUUCACCCGCGCUGGACGCCUCGGACCCCGACCCUGAUGGGGUCUGACAGCCCCAUGCCUUUCACCAAAGACCCGUACGAUACCGAAGGCAUCGCCAGCACCCUCGCAGAUACAGUCACCACCGUCCUGGGUAGCUCCCAGCCAGUCGUGAGCCGCGGCACUGCCGAUAACCUCAUCCCUGUCUACUGCUCCAUCCUGGCAGCCGUGGUGGUGGGGCUAGUGGCCUACAUUGCUUUCAAAAGGUGGAACAGCUGCAAACAGAACAAACAGGGUGCCAACAACCGCCCUGUCAACCAGACCCCCUCUCCGGAAGGAGAGAAGCUUCACAGCGACAGCGGGAUCUCCGUGGACAGCCAGAGCCUUCACGAUCAACAGCCACCAACACAGACCGCACAGGUGCAGGCUCUGAAAGGAGACGGGAACCUCUACACCAGCCUGCCGCCUAACAAGCAAGAGGAGGUGGAGAAGCUGCUGAACAGUUCCCCGGAGGACACCUGGCGUCACCUGGCGGGGGAGCUGGGCUACAAGGAGGAUCACAUAGACUCCUUCACGCAGGAGGAGUGCCCUGUCCGGGCCCUGCUCUCCGACUGGUCCAGCAAGGACAGCGCCACCAUGGACGCCCUUUAUGCCGCCCUGCGCCGAAUCCAGCGGGGAGACAUUGUGGAGAGCUUGUACAGCGAGUCGACCGCCACGUCGCCGGUGUGAAGGGUGGGGCGGGAGAGGCACUCCCCAGCCAGCCCCUCUGCGACCCCACGGAGAUACCAGCCGGCGAGAAGAUGUGAAGGAAAUGGGGUUCCCGCCCGGGCCCCCUGCUAUUUACGAACAAUCCCGUAUGCACUGACCUCUUAUUUUCAGUAUUGUCCCCUUUUUUCUAUCCCCCUUUCCCCUGGCGGACUGGCCAAUGCUAAAGCAGAAGGGAUAUAGCCAAGGCCACCAGGGGCUGUGGCCUCCCUCAGUCUUGCUGGGACCUAGGAGCGCUUGACGGCUUCGGCGCAUCCGGUGUGAGCAAAACAAUCUCUUGUGCACGCCCCGCCUCCCCGAACCUCAACAACACGUCUCCGGUAGCUGCAACAAUGACCGCGUUUGCUCUC